GACUUACAUGAAGAAAUAUGUCUGACUUGGCAAGCUUUGGGGACUGUUUCACUCGGAUUUAAGUUUAAAAUCAUUGAAAUAAUCUAUGGAAAAUUUUAAGAACCUGUGAGUGUGGAGCUGCCGGAUUGCCUGCUCCGAAAACGCACCCAACCCACCCGCCAGCAACUGGAGAUGAAGCAGCAGUUGGCAGCGGAGCGUCGCUCCUUGCUGGAGGAUCGAAAAAACUACAAACUGUCGAUGCACUUGGCCAGGGUGUCGCUCAUCGUCGAUAGACACCGCCGGCACACCGCCAGCACCUUGCUGGAAACCCAGGACCGCAUUAAGCGCGACAUGAACGAGCAUGUGCAGAGGCGCACGGAGCUACUCGACGCCCGUCUGAAGAGGCUCAGCCAGCAUAUCAGCAACGUGGGCGAGCGCUGCGAUCUGGCCAGGCAUGAGAAGUUCCUCGAGAAUCUGACGAGCAUCUACAUGGCGAGCAGCUCAGAGACAUCCAAUUGAAUGGGCGCAGAAACUUUCGAAAUAAACUGAACUAAAAAAGCUUUUUGUGCCACUGCCACAAUCCUUCAAA